UCAGUCCUGUACGCUAGAGGAGAUGUGGGGCAGAUGUAGCGUUGGCCACUUGAGUUUUCCAGACGGGGUGAAAGAAACUUAUUACCGCAUCAAACCUUGUCCUCCCAUAGAAGACGCAAGCCGACUUUUUUGGUUGUUUAGGUUCAACGACAUCCGUGUCGCAGAAUGGGCGUCGCCUUGGUAUAAUAUUUUUAUGUUUCUAGAGUCCAUAUGACGAGUAGGAUUUUCGUGAGUAGGAAGGGCCUGCGAUGGAAGCGAUCCCCAAUUUUGGAGAUUAUGUGGUGGGCUCCGUCCCGACGGUCUUCUAUAUUCCCGACUUCGUAGAUGGGGCGGAAGAGUCUAAGCUCCUCGAUGAUAUUAACAAUGUCCCGGUUUCGAAAUGGAAAACCUUGAGGAAUCGGCGUCUUCAAAAUUGGGGGGGUAUUGUCCAUGAAAAGGGUCUGCUUCCACAAGAACUGCCCCCUUGGCUUACGAAAGUAACUGGAAAAAUAUGUGGGGGGACUGGUUUGUUCCCGUCGCCAAUCAAUCAUGUGCUCAUCAAUGAAUACUUGCCUGAUCAAGGCAUCAUGCCUCAUCAAGACGGGCCUGCCUAUUAUCCAGUUGUUGCCGUUUUGUCCCUUGGAUCACCUGUGGUGUUAAAUUUUUCUCCGCAUCAAAGUUUAAUAGAAACUGCUAAUAUUCCGGAAGGAAGUGGUGCGAUAAUAUCUGAUGCUGAAAACUUCUCAACCGCAGACGCAGACUAUGGCCCAAUGGAAGUGAGCUGUUCACAGAGAAAAUUUGGGCAUCAUUUCUCAGUCAUCAUGAUGCCGCGGAGUUUGCUGAUUUUCAAAGAUAACGCAUAUUCAGACUACUUGCAUGGCAUAGAAGAUUCCAACCUUCACCGAGUAGACCAGGCUGUUAAUUUUCUGGAUGCUUGGAAGGAUCUUGGGCAGCUAUCUGUUUCGAUCUCAGAGUCAGAGUCAGCGGCAGAAACAGUAACUGAUAUCAAGCAGAAAAAUAUAUACAGGACUGGGACCCGGGUUUCGUUAACUUGUCGUUUGGUCUUGAAGGUUUAUAAGAAUCCGUUUAAAUUUUGAAGCUGACCCGGUUUGAUGAGAUGGAACUUUGUCUCGAACUUUUGAAGGCACGUAUAUUUCACCGUCUGAUGUCCACGGUUACGUGAAUGACAAACGAACAGUCGCUCUUUGACUAUAACAUGCUACGCAGACUUUAGAGGGGUCGACGCUCAGACAGUCAGACGUCCACUCCACCUUAUUCUAUUCACUUUCCCAUGUCUUAAGUGUUCUACAGGUCUAAACAGCCAUCCAAUAUAUUAUUUUGUUAUGCUUCUUGCAUUUGGUUCUUCAUGUUGCCGAAGGCCUCAAAAUGUUUGCUGAACUCAUAAGUGUGCUGAAACGCGCCAAUCAUUCGGCGAAACUCUGUGCAAUGUAAAAACAAUGUUGUAA